AUGCAUCGUCUUUUUGCUGAGCUGGAGCCAUCUUUAAUCGUCACAGAGCAAAACCUGGCAGACCGAGUUCGGUAUAUCUUGCGCUCAAAUAUAUUUGAUGUCGCCGAACUCGAACGGCUACGACGUGAGGCUGUUCCCUCGUCGGAUGAGAAUGCUACGGCUGAGGAUGCGGCGCCACAAAUGGAACUGGAAUUAGAGCAUAUGAGGAGUAUAUUGGAAGAGGCGAUUGUGGAAACGCGCAGUACGCCUCUCGAAAAUCGACCGCGACUUCCCCGCAUAGCCCUAAGCAAGCGGAAUCGGGCUGUCGUGAGGGCUCUGAACCCAAUGCUGGUGACCUAUUUGGAAGCCAGCCGGGACCUUUGCGAGACGGACUCAAUUCUUUUUGGCGCCGCGCUGGCAGUCUGCCGUAUCAUAGGCGCCAAGGUUUCCACGGCUGGACGCGCUACUGGCCAUAGUAGCGCUAUCCCAGCAUGGAGAAGAAGAAUUGAGGAACGUAUCGCAAAGGCUAGAGCUCUCAUCGGCAGACUGAUAUGCUUCAGAUCGGGCAACAACAGGCCAAGAAUUGUGCGCACCGUCAGGAUGGCGUUUGCUGGGACAAAUGUCAGUUUGUCCCAGCCGGAUAUAACGCAAAAACUGACGGAGCGCAUAGAUGAUCUGAAGCAGAGAAUCGCUGCUUGGGGAAAGCGGAUUCGGCGAUAUACCGAGAGGUCGACACGGUUCAACCAGAAUCGUCUCUUCCAGAGUGAUCAGAAGAGGCUCUAUGAAUCAUUGGAGCGACCAAUGGUAAGUGGAACGGGUCCAGCACCGGAUCAGGCCGACACUGUAGCAUUCUGGCGCGGCCUGUGGUCAGAGCCCGUAAACCACAGCGAGGGCCCUUGGACGGAAGUUGUGGCGAGUCAGUGUGCGGGUAUUACGCCCAUGGACCCCGUCAUCAUAACGCCGGAUGACGUAGCUGAGGCGGUUCGUAGGGCCCCGAACUGGAAAAGUCCGGGGCUUGACGGGCUGCAUCACUACUGGCUGAAGGGGUUCAUGGUGUGUCACUCUGUGCUCGCCCGACAGUUUCAAGAGGCUCUCAACCAGAAGUCGCUCCCAAGCCUCUUCACUACUGGGAUCACUCAUUUGGUUCCUAAAGACCAGGGUACCACAGACCCGAGCAAAUACCGCCCCAUCACACGUGAGGCUGUUCCCUCAUCAAAUGAAAACGCUACGACUGAGGGUGCGGUGCCACAAGUUGCAGAACAACCCGCACACGUGGAUGCCGCCGAGAAUACCCCAGUGGUUGCUGAUUCAAAUGAUGAUGGAACAUUCACCCAGGAACUAGAAAUAGAGCAAAUGAGGAGUACAUUGGAAGAGGCGAUUAUGGAAACGCGCAGUACGCCUCUCGAAAAUCGACCGCGACUUCCCCGCAUAGCCCUAAGCAAGCGGAAUCGGGCUGUCGUGAGGGCUCUGAACCCAAUGCUGGUGACCUAUUUGGAAGCCAGCCGGGACCUUUGCGAGACGGACUCAAUUCUCUUUGGCGCCGCACUGGCAGUCUGCCGUAUUAUAGGCGCCAAACUUUCCACGGCUGGACGCACUACUGGACAAAGUAGUGCUAUCCCAGCCUGGAGAACAAGAAUUGAAGAACGUAUCGCAAAGGCUAGGGCCCUCAUCGGCAGACUGAUAUGCUUCAGGUCAGGCAAUACCAGGCCAAGGAUUGUGCGCACCGUCAGGAUGGCGUUUGCUGGGACAAAUGUUAGUUUGUCCCAGCCGGAUAUAAUGCAAAAACUGACGGAGCGCAUAGACGACCUGAAGCAGAGAAUCGCUGCUUGGGGAAAGCGAAUUCGGCGAUAUACCGAGAGGUCGACACGGUUCAACCAGAAUCGUCUCUUCCAGAGUGAUCAGAAGAGGCUCUAUAAAUCAUUGGAGCGACCAAUGGUAAGUGGAACGGGCCCAGUACCGAAUCAGGCCGACACGGUCGCAUUCUGGCGCAGCCUGUGGUCAGAGCCCGUAAACCACAACGAGGGCCCUUGGACGGAAGUUGUGGCGAGUCAGUGUGCGGGUAUUACGCCCAUGGACCCCGUCACCAUAACGCCGGGUGACGUAGCUGAGGCGGUCCGUAGGGCCCCGAACUGGAAAAGUCCGGGACUCGACGGGCUGCAUCACUACUGGCUGAAGGGGUUCGUGGUGUGUCACACUGUGCUCGCCCGACAGUUUCAAGAGGUUCUCAACCAGAAGUCGCUCCCGAGCCUCUUCACUACUGGGAUCACCCAUUUGGUUCCUAAAGGCCAGAGGUCUUCGCGGGCCCAGCAAUCGGCACCCGCCUCUGGUGGAGUACGCCGCAUGCGUUGGACAACCCAGAUGAACAGCAACGCAUUGCGGGCGUAUUUUGGGGCGAAAGGGGGAGAAACUGGAGGUUUGGCGUAUCGGGCUAGGAUGCAUCGUCUUUUUGCUGAGCUGGAGCCAUCUUUAACCGUCACAGAGCAAAACCUGGCAGACCGAGUUCGGUAUAUCUUGCGCUCAAAUAUAUUUGAUGUCGCCGAACUCGAACGGCUACGACGUGAGGCUGUUCCCUCGUCGGAUGAGAAUGCUACGGCUGAGGAUGCGGCGCCACAAAUGGUAGAGCAACCCGCAAACGUGGAUGCCGCCGUGAAUACCCCAGUUGUGGUUGAUUCAAACGAUGAUGGAACAGUCGCCCAGGAACCGGAAUUAGAGCAUAUGAGGAGUACAUUGGAAGAGGCGAUUGUGGAAACGCGCAGUACGCCUCUCGAAAAUCGACCGCGACUUCCCCGCAUAGCCCUAAGCAAGCGGAAUCGGGCUGUCGUGAGGGCUCUGAACCCAAUGCUGGUGACCUAUUUGGAAGCCAGCCGGGACCUUUGCGAGACGGACUCAAUUCUUUUUGGCGCCGCGCUGGCAGUCUGCCGUAUCAUAGGCGCCAAGGUUUCCACGGCUGGACGCGCUACUGGCCAUAGUAGCGCUAUCCCAGCAUGGAGAAGAAGAAUUGAGGAACGUAUCGCAAAGGCUAGAGCUCUCAUCGGCAGACUGAUAUGCUUCAGAUCAGGCAACAACAGGCCAAGGAUUGUGCGCACCGUCAGGAUGGCGUUUGCUGGGACAAUUGUCAGUUUGUCCCAGCCGGAUAUAACGCAAAAACUGACGGAGCGCAUAGAUGAUCUGAAGCAGAGAAUCGCUGCUUGGGGAAAACGGAUUCGGCGAUAUACCGAGAGGUCGACACGGUUCAACCAGAAUCGUCUCUUCCAGAGUGAUCAGAAGAGGCUCUAUGAAUCAUUGGAGCGACCAAUGGUAAGUGGAACGGGUCCAGCACCGAAUCAGGCCGACACUGUAGCAUUCUGGCGCGGCCUGUGGUCAGAGCCCGUAAACCACAGCGAGGGCCCUUGGAAGGAAGUUGUGGCGAGUCAGUGGGCGGGUAUUACGCCCAUGGACCCCGUCACCAUAACGCCGGAUGACGUAGCUGAGGCGGUCCGUAGGGCCCCGAACUGGAAAAGUCCGGGGCUUGACGGGCUGCAUCACUACUGGCUGAAGGGGUUCAUGUCGGACCGCGAUGAUUAUUCAGAAGAGGAGUAUUGUGAUGAUGGAGAGGCCGCUGGUGGAGCUUCGAACCCUGACUCUUCUGAAGAUGGUAUGCCUUUGUCACAUUUUUCCCGCCAUAUUGAUUCUGAAAAAAGGCAAACUGGCGUCCAGGUAAGCGAUUCUCAAGUAAAUACAGUUGCCGAGGGUAAUGUAUCGCAAUCUUGCAGAAAGUACUACUACGGAAAAAAACGCUGCAUGAAGUGGUCUGCAGAAGGACCAUCGAGAACUACACGCACACCUGCGCACAACAUCGUUACUCCAAUAACUACAAUUGAUUUUUCUCCGGAUAGCCCGCCUUCACAAUUAUUUAGUUUGCUAAUAACUGACAAUAUUAAAACACAAAUUAUAGAAAAUACUAACCAAAAACUGGAAUUGAUAAGGCAAAAAUAUAAGCUACAAGGUAACUGA